UUGAGAUUUCCGGUGGUUGAGAUCGCAGGGUGGUUGGUCAAGGGGCGGCGACUUGAGAGGAGGUUUAUUGCAUUUGAGAGGGAGCUCGGCUUUUCUUUACUCUUAUUUUACAAAUCCUUCUUGAUAAAGCAGCUCCGAUUCACUGCGAGUACAUCUCAAGAAGGGAAGGUGAAUUGCUACCUGACCUCACGAUAAUUGGAGUCACGUUCAAUUUCUAGCUAAGACUUUUUAAACUCUUCACGCUUUCCUCGAUUAAUAACCAGCACUCACUCUUCAACGCUCGGCAUGGAGGCUUCUGGAUCAACAUCAAUGCUUCAAACUAAUGAGAUUGACAUGAUCAUCGACAGCAACGAGCAAGCACAUGCCAGCAACGGUGACGCAUCGAACGGCUUCAUGGAUCCUCGAGUCCUAAAUCAACUCGACGAUCUCGACCUCCCUGACUCAACAGAACCUGAAUCACGAGACGAGUCACAACCAUCAUCACAAGACACGAAAGCCGUCGUCGAGGUCCGAAGGGCAUCGCUCCCAACAGGCUGCUGCUACGAUGACCGAAUGAAACUUCAUGCCAACGCAGAUUUCUCUGCAAAUCCUCACCAUCCCGAAGACCCUCGUAGGAUACAGGAAAUCAUGAAUUGUUUCAAGGCGAACAACUUGAUUUGGAACGGCCUGACAAUCGAUCUUGCGGAUGCACUUAAGAAGAACCCAAAUCAGUGGAUGUGGAGGAUAGGAGCGAGGAAGGCUACGAGAGAGGAGAUAUGUACAGUGCAUACUGCCUCGCAUUACGAAUGGGUGAAGUCGUUGUCGAGCAUGACAUCGGCGGAUCUUCGACAACUGACUAACGACUUUGAUAAUGGACGAAAGUCACUUUAUGUUGGUAAUCUCACGUACGAGGCUGCUUUAAUAUCGGCAGGCGGUGCUAUCGAGACGUGCAAGAACGUCGUGGCUGGUAAGGUGAAGAAUGCCAUCGCUGUCAUUCGGCCGCCUGGACAUCACGCUGAGCAUAAUGAGUCACUCGGCUUCUGCAUCUUCAACAAUGUUCCCAUUGCAGCCAGAGUGUGCAUGUUGGAUUACCCUGAAGUCUGCCGGAAAGUCUUGAUUCUCGAUUGGGAUGUCCACCAUGGAAAUGGGAUUCAGAAUAUGUUCUAUGAGGAUCCGAACGUACUCUACAUCUCGCUUCACGUUUAUCAGAAUGGACAGUUCUACCCAGGUCAGCCUGAAGAUCCGGGAGUUCCGGACGGUGGUCUUGAGAACUGCGGUGUGGGACGAGGUAUGGGGAAGAAUAUCAACAUUGGUUGGGCUGAGCAAGGAGUCGGCAAUGGUGAAUACAUGGCUGCUUUCCAGAAGAUUGUCAUGCCAAUUGCGCAGGAGUUUGACCCAGAUCUCGUUAUUGUCUCCGCCGGCUUCGAUGCUGCAGCUGGCGAUGAGCUUGGGGGAUGUUAUGUCACUCCAGCAUGUUAUUCUCACAUGACACAUAUGUUGAUGUCGCUGGCAAAUGGGAAAGUAGCUGUCUGUCUAGAGGGUGGAUACAAUCUACACGCCAUUUCAAGAUCAGCCCUUGCUGUUGCAAAAACACUCAUGGGCGAACCACCAGAGAGAAUGGAUAUCCCACCACUCAACAAAACGGCGGCACAUACUUUAGACAAUGUCAAGAGGAUACAAUCUGCGUACUGGGAAUGUAUGCGUCCUGGCGUCGUUCCUCUCGCAGCUCUCCAAGAGAUGGCAACCGAUCGUCUCAGCGACGUGAUCCGGACGGCGCAGAAAAGUAAUCUUGCUGAGAAACAUGGAAUGUUCCCAUUGUAUGUGCAGAGAACGAAGCUGAGCCGGUCUUUUGAGAAUCAGGUUUUGGUUACCCCGGAUAUUGAUAAAGCGAGGCGGAUUCUGAUGGUUAUUCAUGAUCCGCCUGAAGUUCUUGCACAGCCAGACGCUUAUGAUAAUAGUGUAUAUGCUCAUAAUACAUUCGUGACUGAUGGACUUAAUCCUUACAUUGGUUGGGCAAUUAAGCAUGGCUUUGGCGUCAUGGAUAUCAACAUCCCAGAACAUAUCUCCCAUCCUUCUGAUACGGACCCGUAUACCGACAGAUCAAAUGAAACUCUUGCAGCUAAGCAGAUCAAAGACUUAUUAUGUUAUAUUUGGGACAACUAUUUCGAGCUGAAUCCUGAAGCCAGUCUGACGCUGUUGGGCGUGGGUGAUGCUUAUUUCGGCAUCAAACAGCUCCUCGUAUCAAGACCAGCCACAACCUCCAAAGUCACCGGCAUCCUCUGCUUCGUCUCCGGCUCCCUCCGUCCCGUCAAAUCCGAAACCGACCCCAAUCUGUCGAAAUGGUACAAAGAAAACACACUCAUCUACGUCUCCCCCGACCACGCAUGCUGGUCCAACGAAGAGGCCGCACGUAAAGUCCGCAAAAAUCGCUUCGGGAAAGUUGUCCAGGCCGAUAUUCAGGUUGGGAGAGGAUUCGGCAUGGGUGGUGGCGGGACCGGUCCUGGUGGUCGUAAUGCGAUGGGAGGGUCGUUGAAUGCCAUGCUGAGGAGGCAUGAGAGCGAUUCUUUUGCGUGGCUGAAGAGGCAGGUUAGGGAUUGGGAGAGGAGUAGGGUGGAGGAGGAGACGGAUGAGGAUGAUGAGGAGUUUGUCGGGGAGGAAGUGGGUGGCAGUGGGAGGGAUACGGUUAUGGGUGAUGUGCCGGGGCUGGGGAUGGAUGUACAGAGUAUGCGAGUUCCUGUUGGGUCAUAGCCUGGCUGGAUAGGAGAAAGAUAGACGAGGGACUCUCUUUGGGGAAGUGACUGAGUUUACGGUCAUAGCAUGGUUGGAGGAGUGGAGGUGCUUUGUUUUGCUUUGUCAUAGUAUUUGCGUGUACGACGGUAUUUCUUUUCUAUAUCCGUCGGGCAUUUGUCUGGACUCUGCAUGGAUGGGACAGGAGGUAUGAAACGCAAGUCAAAUUCAAUUGAAGUUCUGUCUGAAUUUAAGAAGUUCCAGAACUUCUGUUCGCGGUGGACGGUGGACCAGGAUAGCAUAGCAAAUUGGCAGCCAGAAAGCUUAAUC